AUGUCCGAAAAGCUUCAAGUAGCCGUCGCCGGCAUUGGCCGCAUGGGAAUGCGUCAUGCCCGACACUUCGCAACCCUCACACCUCGCGCCGAACUCAUUGCGGUCUGUUCGCCCGUCCAAGCCGAGCUAGACGCCGCAAAGGAGGAGUUCGGCGUGCGAACCUACCUCUCCUUCGAUGACAUGUUGGCAAAUGAAACGACCCUCCAAGCCGUGGUUGUGGCGAGUGCAACUACAGUCCACGCCGAACAGGCUAUCAAGGCCAUUGAACAGGGAUACCACGUUCUAUGUGAGAAGCCGCUCAGUACGAGUCCUGAAAUUUCUCAAACCGUCGUCGACGCAUACCGCUCCUCUAUUAAAUCCUACCCCAAGCAGAAAGUCAUGUGCGGCUUCUCGCGGCGCUUCGAUGCAUCAUACCGAGACGCCUUUACGCGCGUGUCAAACGGCGACAUCGGCACCCCGUCUGUAUUCCGCUCGCAGACCUGCGAUAAGCUCGAUCCCAGCGGGUUCUUUGUUGCCUAUGCCGAGUUCUCAGGGGGUAUCUUUGUGGACUGUUCUAUUCACGAUAUCGAUCUUGCAUUGUGGUUCUUUGGUGAAGACAGCAAGGUUAAGAGUGUCACGGCUGUUGGUAUCACGGCUGUGCAGCCUGAACUGAGGAAGCAUAAUGAUCGGGAUAACGCAGUCGGGAUUAUUGAGUUCUAUGGCGAGAAAACCGCUCAACUUUACUGCUCUCGGAUGAUGGCCGCUGGUCAGAUGGAUUGCACUGAGAUAUUUGGUACAAAUGGAGAGAUUGCUGUCAAUACUCAGCCCCAAUCGAACCUUGUCAACCUAUUUGAGUCAACUGGUGUGCGCCGGGAGAUCCCGCCGGAUUACUACGGCCGGUUUCGUGAGGCAUUCGUUACGGAGGCGAACGAGUUCACAGCUGCUUGUUUGAACAAUCUUCCUCUACCUAUGUCACUUGAAGGUGCUGUUAAGGCGGUCCGCACUGGGGCCGCUUUGCAGGAGAGCUUGGUCACUGGAAAGAAGAUCGACUUCGAUGAGAGUGGGAACCGGGUUGAGGCUGCUCGACUUUAG